AUGGAGAAGUGGGCAGGCAGGCCCCGGUUGUGUCUGAUGCUGCUUCUGUCCCUCCCUCAGCUCUGCCUGGAUCAGGAGGUGUUGUUUGGACACUCUCUUCAGACACCCCUCGAGGAGGGCCAGGGCCCUGAAGGGGUCUGGGGUCCUUGGGACCAGUGGGCCUCUUGCUCCCAGCCCUGCGGGGUUGGGGUACAGCGCCGGAGCCGGACUUGUCAGCUUCCGACAACUCAACUCCACCAGGGCCUGCCCCUUCCACCCAGGCCCCCAAGACAUCCAGAAGCCCUGCUUCCCCGGGGUCAGGGCACCAGACCGCAGACUUCCCGAGAAACCCUUCCCCUAUACAGGCCAACACCUCGAGGAAGAGGUGGCCCCUUUCGAGGUCCUGCUUCUCAAUUAGGGAGAGAGGAGGCUCCGGAGACUCAGGGAGCCAGGAGGUCCCGGAUUCGAGACCCCAUCAAGCCAGGAAUGUUUGGCUAUGGGAGGGUGCCCUUUGCUUUGCCGCUCCAUCGGAACCGCAGGCAUCCCCGAAGACCACCCAGAUCUGAACUCUCUCAAACCUCAGAUCUUCCAUCCCUGACUCCGAGAACAGAGCCAUCUUCCGCAAACCACACCCAGAAAACAGAACUGUCUCCUACAGAACCUUCUGCCCACACCCUCCCCCCGCAAGCAGAACCCCCAAGCCCUGAAGCUGCUCAGACAGCAGUGCCCUCUAGAGCCAGGCCUGCCCCCACAGGGCCACACCCCAGAGCCCAGGCCUCUGGCACAGAGCCCUCUUUUCAUCCCCCAUCCCUGGGAGAAGGUAGCUCCUUUCACCUGUCCCUUCAGCCAAGAAGGCCAAGUUCCCAGGGUUGGGCCAGUACCCGGCUGGCAGACAGACACCCUAAUCCUUCCCUUUCUGUGCCUCGGGGCCGAGGCCAGCAGAGCCGGGAGCAGUGGCGACCUGGGGGGAAUCCCCACGGGUCCCUCGCGGAGUCUGCCCCUCCCCAUGCAGAUGGCUGGCUGCCUCUGCUGAGCUCUGGCCCCCACUCCAGCCCUCUCUGGAGCCUCUUUGCUCCCAGUAGCCCUGUCCCAAGAUGUUCUGGGGAGAGUGAACAGCUGAGAGCCUGCAGCCAAGCGCCCUGCCCCCCUGAGCAGCCAGACCCCCGGGCCCUGCAGUGUGCAGCCUUUGACUCCCAGGAGUUCAUGGGCCAACUGUACCAGUGGGAGCCCUUCACGGAAGUUCAGGGCUCUCAGCGCUGUGAGCUGAACUGCCGUCCCCGUGGCUUCCGCUUUUAUGUCCGUCACACCCAAAAGGUCCAGGACGGGACCCUGUGUCAGCCUGGAGCCCUGGACAUCUGUGUGGCUGGACGCUGUCUGAGCCCUGGCUGUGAUGGCAUCCUCGGCUCUGGCCGGCAUCCAGAUGGCUGUGGCGUCUGUGGGGGUGAUGAUUCUACCUGUCGCCUCGUCUCGGGGAACCUCACUGAGCGGGGUGGCCCUCUGGGUUAUCAGAAGAUCUUGUCCAUUCCUGCCGGGGCCUCCCGACUCCAGAUCGCCCAGCUCCGGCCCAGCUCCAACUACCUUGCACUUCGAGGUCCUGGGGGCCGGUCCAUCAUCAAUGGAAACUGGGCUGUGGAUCCCCCUGGGUCCUAUACCGCUGGCGGGACUGUCUUCCGGUACAACCGUCCUCCCCGGGAGGAGGGCGCUGGGGAGAGUCUGUCCGCAGAAGGCCCCACCACCCAGCCUGUGGAUGUCUAUAUGAUCUUUCAGGAGGAAAACCCAGGUGUUUUCUAUCAGUAUGUCAUCUCUUCACCUCCCCCAAACCUUGAGAACCCCACCCCAGAGCCCCGUGUUCCUCAACUCCAGCCUGAGAUUUUGAGGGUAGAGCCCCCUCCUGCUUCAGCGCCCCGCCCUGCCCGUACCCCAGGCACCCUCCAGAGGCAGGUGAGGAUCCCCCAGAUGCCCGCCCCACCCCCUCCCAGGACACCCCUGGGGUCUCCAGCCGGAUACUGGAAGCGAGUGGGACACUCGGAGUGCUCGGCAUCCUGUGGGAAAGGUGUUUGGCGCCCCAUCUUCCUCUGCAUUUCUCGAGAGUCAGGAGAGGAGCUGGAUGAACGCAGCUGUGCCAUGGGUGCCAGGCCCCAAGCCUCCCAGGAGCCCUGCCACGGCCCCCCAUGCCCACCAUACUGGGAGGCCGGCGAGUGGACAUCCUGCAGCCGUUCAUGUGGUCCUGGCACCCAGCACCGUCAGCUACGCUGCCGGCAGGAGUUUGGGGGCGGCGGCUCCUCAGUGCCCCCAGAGCGCUGCGGGCACCUGCCCCGGCCCAACAUCACCCAACCCUGCCAGCUGCGCCUCUGUGGCCACUGGGAGGUUCGCUCGCCCUGGAGCCAGUGCUCUGUGCGAUGCGGGCGCGGCCAGAGGAGCCGGCAGGUCCGCUGUGUCGGCAACAACGGGGAUGAAGUGAGUGAGCAGGAAUGCGCCUCUGGGCCCCCACGGCCCCCCAGCAGAGAGGCCUGUGACAUGGGGCCCUGCACCACGGCCUGGUUCCACAGCGACUGGAGCUCCAAGUGUUCAGCGGAGUGUGGGACGGGAAUCCAGAGACGUUCUGUGGUCUGCCUUGGGAGCGGGGAGGCCCACGGGAUAAGCCAGGAGGAAGCAGGGGCAGGAGCUGGUGAGCAGACUUGUGCACCUGGAAGCCGGCCCCCUGACAUGCGUGCCUGCAGCUUGGGGCCCUGUGAGGUGACGUGGUGCUGGUACACCGGGCCCUGGGCGGAGUGCUCCUCAGAGUGCGGCUCUGGCACGCAGCGUAGAGAUGUCAUCUGUGUGUCCAAACUGGGGACUGAGUUCAACGUGACUUCUCCCAGCAACUGCUCCCACCUGCCCAGGCCCCCUGCCCUGCAGCCCUGUCAAGGGCAGGACUGCCAGGACCGGUGGUUUUCUACACCCUGGAGUCCGUGUUCUCGCUCCUGCCAGGGCGGCGUGCAGACAAGGGAGGUCCAGUGCCUGACCGCCAAUCAGACCCUCAGCAUCCGAUGCCCUCUUCACCUGCGGCCCGCCAGGAAACGAUCCUGUAACAGCCAACCCUGCAGCCAGCGCCCUGAUGAUCAAUGCAAGGACAACUCUCCACACUGCCCCCUGGUGGUGCAGGCCCGGCUCUGCGUCUAUCCCUACUACACAGCCACCUGUUGCCGCUCUUGUGCCCAUGUCCUGGAGCGGUCUCCCCCAGAGCCCGCCUGA